GUUCAAACUAAAAAUAUAACACUAUAAAAUUAUUUUUAAAAAUUUAACCAAAUGUGUUAGUCAAAUUGGGCGUCUAAUUCAAUAAAAUAUAAAAUUUAAUAACAAAGUGCAUACAAAAUUGAGUGCUUACUUAAGGGGCAGUGAGAAUAAAGUUGCUAACAGUUAUCAGCAAAACAAUUAGCGCUUUUAUUUCUUUUGUAACGCCCAUAAACUAAUAAGUAAUAAAUAUUGUGGCAAGUGAGAAAAUUUUACAAAGGAUAUUUUACACAAUGGAGUAUGUGGCACAUACAUAAGAAUCGAUAUGCUUCCUGCUUACGGAUAGCCUAGCAUUAAGUGUCAUACUUCCAUCUUGCAUAACAUUAUGUGGCAGUUAAGUUGUUUUUAACAAGCAUUGAAAAAUAAUAAAUUGAUACGAAAUUCGUGCGCAUCAAUCACAUAAUCUACGUUACGUCACGCAAACGCUUCGCAGCGACAACAACAGUGACAAUAACAAUAACAACUGUCUUUCCAUUUCAAGCUACGACGCUAGACUAACACCGACACAUCAGUCAUGCCGUAUGCAUUUACUUCAACCACAGCAACCACCCACGCAGCACACUUACCUGUGGCGCCUGGCACGACGCGAAUAGCGUUACUCAACCCGCUACGCAGCUUACAGCAAUUGCUGCUGCCAUUCAAAAUCAUCGCCAUCAUCAGCAUCAUGUCGUCAUCGUCGCCGCUGUCGCUGAUCACCGUGACGCAGGCUAAACACCUGUCAGCGGAUUCUGGUGUUGGUAGCGCCGUAGCGGCGCUUGACGACGCCGCUUAUUCCGCUUCUGUGCCGUCUGUCGCCUCCUCCUCAUCCUAUUAUGGCGCUUAUCAGUAUCAACGUUUCGCUAUGGAACCGCAAGAUCAAACGGCUGUGGUGGGGGCUCGUGUAACGCUACCAUGUCGCGUCAUCAACAAACAGGGUGUGCUGCAGUGGACCAAAGAUGAUUUCGGUUUGGGCACGUCACGUGAUUUGGGCGGUUUUGAACGUUACUCAAUGAUUGGUAGCGACGAGGAGGGCGAUUACUCAUUGGAUAUUUAUCCAGUGAUGCUAGACGACGAUGCACGCUAUCAGUGCCAAGUGAGUCCGGGACCUGAGGGUCAACCGGCUAUACGGUCGACAUUUGCAACGAUAACGGUGUUGGUGCCACCCGAAGCACCAAAGAUUACGCAAGGUGAACUGAUUUACACGACCGAGGAUCGUAAGGUGGAUAUUGAGUGCGUGUCGGUGGGUGGCAAACCGGCUUCAGAGAUAACGUGGAUUGAUGGACUCGGCAACGUUAUAACGAGCGACAUUGACUACACCACGCUACAGAUGCCGGAUGAGCGCCGCUUCACCGCCCAAUCGACGUUGCGGUUGACACCGAAAAAGGAGCAUCACAAUACGACAUUCACUUGUCAGGCGCAAAAUACGGCGGAUCGCACAUAUCGCUCGGCGAGAAUACGUGUGGAGGUAAAAUACGCACCAAAAGUUAAAGUGAACAUAAUUGGCGGUGCGUUGGAGGAUGGACGUAUACCGGAGUUUGCACAGGUGCGAUUAGAGUGCAAAGCGGAUGCCAAUCCCAGUGAUCUGCGUUAUCGCUGGUUCAUCAACGAUGAACCAAUUGUUGGUGGACAAAAAACCGAGAUGGUCAUUCGAAAUGUCACGAGAAAAUUUCAUGAUGCCAUUGUCAAGUGCGAAGUGCAAAACUCAGUGGGCAAGAGUGAAGAUAGUGAGACACUCGAUAUCAGCUACGCUCCCAGCUUUCGUCAACGCCCACAAUCUAUCGAAGCAGACAUUGGCACUUUGGUGUCUCUAGGCUGUGAAGUGGACGGCAAUCCAACUCCAGAUGUUGUGUGGAUUCAGCAUCCAAGCGAUAGGGUCGUUGGCAUCAACUCCAAUCUCAGCUUUACCGUUAGCAAUGAAACAGCCGGUCGCUACUAUUGCAAAGCCAAUGUGCCCGGCUACAAAGAAAUCAGCACCGAUGCGUAUGUUUACCUGAAAGGUUCGCCCACCAUUUACUCGCCGCCAUAUCAAUUCGGUUGGGUGGGUGAUACGGCGCGCCUUGAAUGUUCCGCAACAUCGGUGCCACGUGCGCGUCACGUCUCUUGGACAUUUAAUGGACAUGAAAUCAGCGCUGAAUACGGACACGACUACUCGAUACUGGUGGAUCCGGUGCCGGGUGGCGUCAAAUCGACCCUGAUCAUCCGUGACAGUCAGGCGUAUCAUUACGGCAAAUACAAUUGCACAGUGGUGAACGAUUAUGGCAACGAUGUGUUGGAAAUCAAUUUGCAGGCACAAAAAACAAUCUCGCCCAUGAUGAUCAUCAUUGGUGGCACCUCCGUGGUCGGCUGUGCUAUGGUACUAAUCAUUAUCAUUAUCGUCUACUUCAAGUGUAAGAAGCGCACCAAAUUACCACCGGCCGAUGUGAUAAGCGAGCAUCAGAUAAGUAAAAAUGGCGGUGUAGCUUGUAAAAUGGAGGCCGGAGAUCGCACCUCCAAUUACAGUGAUCUAAAAGUGGACAUAUCAGGCGGAUAUGUACCCUAUGGCGACUACUCAACACACUACAGCCCGCCACCACAAUAUCUCACCACAUGCUCUACCAAGUCGAAUGGCAGCUCGACAAUAUUACAAAACAAUCAUCAUAAUCAUUUGCAACAGCAACAUAUGCAACAAACACUACAACAUCAUCACCAAACACCACCACCACAAACUGUGCCAAUGACAUUCCUCUCGAACGGUAGUGCGAGCGGUAGUCUGACAAGUAGUAUUGUCGGUUCGCGCGAAAUACGCCAGGACAAUGGUCUACCGAGUUUGCAAUCCACCACAGCGUCUGUGGUGAGCUCAUCACCGAAUGGCAGCUGCAGUAAUCAGAGCACCGCGACACAUGUCAUUUCCAGUUCGGUGGCGAUGAGUGUGGAUCCACGUUAUAGCGCCAUUUACGGUAAUCCCUAUUUGAGAUCGUCAAAUUCAUCGCUGCUGCCGCCACCAACUGCGGUUUAGAGCGUCUACAUUAGCGCUGUAGAAAGUCAAUGUAAGCUGUGUGUAGGCACAUAUUUGAAAUGAGCAUAAUGUUUCAUAAAUAGUCGCAUUAGAAAUGAAAGACUGAUCUCAAAAUCAUUGAAAAAUCGUUUGAAUGGCUUGCAAAGUGGACAUAGGGUAAGUGAGGGCUUUGUUUCUACAUAGUCUAGGCUGUUGUCCUAUAAUUUAUUUAAUUUUUGAAAUUAUUUUACACAUUUUUGGGCUUCGAUGUUAAAAAUUUCAAAGUUCUCGAGUAAUAUCUUAUUACACAUUCAUUUGCAGAAACCUUUUCAAUGAAUGCCAAUAAUAAUAUUGUUUCCUAACUGCUAACAAACACUAGUUUCUGCUGGAAAAGCGUUUCUUAACCCAAAAAAACUAACAGAAGAUAGCAUAAGUUGAUAGUUGAGAGCGUAUUGGCCAACUCACAUAGAACUUUUGCUUCGCUUUGCGUCAAACAUUUGUUUUGGCAGAAAAGUUCGAUGUACGCUUUUGUAUGCGAACGUUCACAUAAAGGGUUUUUAACGUAAAGCCAAGCAAAAUAUUGGGUGAGAGUUGCCACGCAACAGUCGCCAUUUUUAUCAGAGAGAAAUACUGAAAGCAAAGCGUUCAUUGUGGCAUACACUUUAUUUUCUGCGCUUGGUGUUUCAAUAUGAGCUGUCACCAAAAGCGGGAAAAGUUAUAUUUGAAUGGGAUUUAGGAAUCUAGGAGAGCUGCUAGUUUCUUCUAGAGAAAUUUCAGCUAGUUAGAAUCAGCUGGUUAAACACGUCUGCUCCCGUUGUGUGCAUUUCAUCUCUUGUCUUUGCAAAAUUUCGCACACAAUUUCACAAAUAAAAGUAUUUUAUGACAUCUAUGCCAUUUUACAAAUAUAUAAUAUAAUACACUCACAUAUUUCCAUCCAGAUUAAAAUAUAUGCUACCGAAUUUUUAUGCUGACAUUAGCAGUGGUUGCUAAGCUUGCAAUUUCAUUGUGUGUAGCAUAAAUUAUAAAGGUUGGAAGAGAGCGAAGAAUUUACGUAUUUAUAUGAUUUACUGAGGAAAUGGUAAAUGUGAGAAAAAUAUGGCAAAAUGGAAUGUAUUUUCAAGUUUAAGGUAAAGGUUACCAAAAUUACCGUACAUAGUACGUAAUUCAAAAAUGGCUGAUGUGUAAGAUUUUGUAGCAAGAGAAAGGUCAUAAGUAGGCUUUUAUUCCAACAAAGUGAAACUUUUCCGCUUACGAAAGCAGUUAGAAAAGUACCGUGAAAGUAAUAACGCAAGUUUUUGCAAUGUUAGCAAAUUGACUUAAUUUUUCCCCGAGGCUUUAAGCAGAAAUGUAUGAAGGAAAUAUAAUAUUAUAUUAUUAAUUGGGAACAUGUAAGUAAGCACGAAGUAAAGCUGAGACUAAACAUGAAAUAUUUUCACAAAUGCAAGAAUGUUCAAUAUUCAUUCAAUAGCUGCCAAAUUUUAAGAUAACUUAAUGAAAAAAGUAGAGUAUGAAUGCUCUACAGGCAAAUUUGCACAUGGUAAAUUAUGAACAUAAGCUAAAAAAAUCAUUUGUCUCUUUAAAUGCUAAUAACGAAAAAUAAUUUUCUUUUAAGGCAAGCAAAAAAUAUACAAAAGCAGUUGCUAACUCAAGCUUGAGAGAGUUUGAGUACUUUGUAAUAUUAUUUCCAGCAUAUUCUCCAAGAAAGUACUAUUAUAAAUUUAACGAGGUAUUCUAGUUUAGGGUCUGAAUUUCGAAUGGUUUUGGCAACCGAUGAAAAAAUUAAUUGAUAUUUUUACUGUCCGUUUGUUUUUUGUCAUUCUUUUUCAUCUAAAUUACAAGGGUACAACAAAUAAAUUUAUAAUAAAAACAUUCGUAAUUCCGCGUCCUCGUCGUCAUGAUUUCUACUCAUUUGGUCAACGGAAGAUAAAACAAUGACAGACUACCGAUUUCUAAUGGCAAUAUCGUAUCAACAAAUAAAACUGAAAAAAAUACACAAAAAUAUUCAUUUAAAGAACGUUUUUGAGAAAGUCGAUUAGAUGUUAAGUAAUCGUAGCGACCGCAUCAAAAAAGUAGUUUCGAGAAAAACACGCUAAAAGUUCAAGUUAAGGCUAACUAGGCCGAGUUGUCACGAUUCUAAAUAUCGCUAUAAUUUCAAAAAGUUAUUUUAUGGACUUGUUUUUGAAUAUCUAAACUGUCACAAAAUCGUUUGUCGUUUUAAUUUCUAGACUAGAAUCUCCCCUUAAGGAACACCUCAAUGAGGGUAUGAUUAUUGAGGUCCGAAUCCAAAAAAGCUUUUAAAUAAAAGAAAUAAAACUCUGUUUUGCUUAUGUGGAUUGCUGACGGCAUCCUUCAAUCUAGUAAGUGAAUAAACCACUGACAAUCCUCAUACAUACAUGUAUAGGUAUAUAUUAAUAUGUGUGCAGCUGGCAGCAGAAGCGUUUGCAAUUUUUAUUACUUUCUUUUAUAUUUGUUCACAAGAAAACUCAAGUGGAAAAAUCCACAUAUCUUUUUAUUUUGCGCUCUUUCGACAAAAUGUGUUAUGAAAUUUUGAUGCUUUUCGACUUGGAUGACUGCAUUUAGCAGGUAAAUGAAUUUGAAAUUAAUUUCCUUUUAACACGAGAACUUUGCAAUGUUUACAAUAAAAAGAGAAUAAGCAAACAGACUACUCACGAGUAAACACAGAUUUUGUAAUAUUUUAAAAAAAUUUUAAUGAACUAAAUGCUGCAACAGCUUAGCUAUGUAUGUAGGCACAAGUGAAACACAUACACACGUGCAUAUGCAUGUAUUUAGAUUAGAUGAUUAAUAUUUAUUAAAAUUCGUAAAAUACCAUACCAAAUAGUCCGCAAGACCAACGCUAAAAUAUAUUUACAAACAUGCCUACAUACAUACAGAAAUAUGUAGGCAUGCCAUAGAUAAAAAAAAAAAACAAAUUAUGAAAAAAAUUUCAAAUAUUCGUUUUACGUUAUAAAAACUAGUAAGAAAGGAAAUUACGCUCAGAAGCAGCAUACAUAUGUAUGUUUGUAUAUAAGCAUGAAAAAAACAGAAAAAAUAAAAUAAAAACAAAAUCUACAAAAAAGCCUAAACUUAGUACUGAAUAUUGCUAUUUAAUACAACAACAAACAGCUGGUAGUAAGAGUCCUAAUAAAUAUUUCUAAACUACGUUCAUAUAAACAUUGAGUAUACCUAAAAGCCUACAAAACAGCAUUUGUGAAAACAGUGGUUAGGAAAUUGCAAAACAAAACAAAAAAAAUUACUACUUGUUGAAAAAGAACAAAAUAUUGAAAGCAUCCAAACAUACACACACGUAUGUAUGAUAUGUUCUACUUCAAAUUGUCCAAAUUUUUGCUGAUAACUACAAAAGUACUCUUCAAAAUAUUUAUACGAAAUUAAAAAAAAAAAAUCAUAAUAAUAAUAAAAACUUGGAAAAGAAUUUAAAUAUAUGUAUAUUCUAUAACUAUUUUUGCUUAAGUAUGCACAGAUACAUGCAUACAAACACACGCACACAUGCGUACGAGCGCUAGCUGCUAAAGUUUAUGUUAAGCAUUUGCAUUUCAAUGCCAAAGUACCUGAUAGUUUUAAGCUUAAGCUAAGUACUAAGUGUAGAUGGAUGUUCACGCAUGCGUGCAUAAGCUCGUACGUAUGUUGUUGUAAGUAAAAGCUUUGUUUAGGGAGCCGUUAAAAUUCAAGCGUAGGAAUUAAAUAUGGUUGCAUUUUCUAGAAUUUUACAUAUGUACAUACAUACAUACAUAUAUAUAUAGUGGAGUAGUGUUUCAAAAAUGUUGAAAAUCAUAAUAUUUCUAGUUUUUUAUACUGUGGCGCUUUUCAAUACAUCAUACUUGCUUUUUCUAUAUUUUCACCAAAAUUUUAUUUGUUGAUAUUUUUAAUUUUUAAUAUCUAUUACUGCAUAUUUUUCAAAAAUGAGAUGGAUUGUUAGUACAUAUUGCUUAUAUAUUUAUUAUCAUAACUCAAAACGCCAAAAAAGUUAAUAAAAUAUGCAUAAAUCGGUUUUGAAAGCUUUAAGAUGCAACAAAAUUUAAUAUCCGUGAAUUCGUAUACAUAUGUAUAUAUACCAAAUAUAUUCGAACUUUUAAAUUAUUUGGAAAUAUUUAGGCAAGUUUUUCUACUAUUAUAUAUAUGUAUAUUCAAAUAUGACUUUCUUCUGAAAAACUGUGUUUAUGGAUAUUCCAAACUAUUUUUACAAAAAAAAAACUAAUUACAACUUGACGUAUAACAUAAAUAAUUACAUUUUAGUUCAUUUUGAAAAAAAAACUGAAAAAAAGAUAUUUUUAAGGGGCACACCUACUAUGUUUGAGACGAAUUUCGAGAAUUAAAAAAUAAAUACUGUAUCAGUUGUCUUAAAAUUUAAGCGUAUAUUUAUACAUAUUUUUAGAACAUUCAUUGAAAUUUACCAUGAAAAUUUAGAUAUUUUUCGAGUUACACGUACUGUUCUGGAACAGUCGAAAAAAAUAUCAGAAAUUUACAAAAUGAUAUCGUUUUAAAAAGUUGAAUUUUAGCCAAAGUUUUGGACACUUAUGCCCUUCCAAGAUUCUUUUUUUUGACCCGAUCAAAAACUGGUAUGUCAUUGUAUGAUAUUGUACAGAACAUGCAGAAAGCAUUUAAUAGUGAUCGGAUAAUUUGUCUCAAGUAAUCAUUCGAUCCAAUUUGAAAAAUUUAGUUUUGAGCAAAACGCAUUUCAAGUUAAAUUGAUUAAGCUAAUUGAACUGAGCGACUACACUUUAGAAAGCUAUAACUGUACAAUAUUUUAAAUAUUCGUUUACAAUUUUGGCCCGUUAUUUUUGAAGGUAUUGACUAUCGUAAUAUCCAAAAAGUAAAAAAAUUAUUUUUCAAUGUAUUACAUUAGGUGUGUGCCUUAAAAUUUUUUUAAAAUAUCUAAACAAAAUACUCUCAAGCAUUUCGUGUGCAACAUUUCCGCUUGUUUGUAUGUAGAUCUGCUUCUUGUGCUUGACAUUCAAAUGUGUCCAGCUUUUGUAUGAAAAAACACAUGGAGUCCAAAUAACUGUAUUUCAUUCAUUCUCUGCCACAUAAUGAAUUACGCUAUAUUAAGAAAUCUCAUAGUAAAACAUAUGCUCCAAAUAUUACCUAAACGAAAAACGCUACGUCUUAUUAGUGUCUUAGAAAAAUUAUUUAAAAAUUAAAAAUUAAAAACACAUUGAAAGAGCCAGCUACUGAAAAUCUGUUAAUGCCUUUUCAUAUAUAAAUAUUUACUUAACUACGAAAUAUAUGCAUGUAAAUUUCUUUUAGAAAACAAAGUACCAGUGCAUAAUUUAAAAGUUGAUUGAAUGCUUAAGCAGUCUGAAAUCUUUGUCAAUCAAAACUUAUUCAAGCAAACUCAAGCAGAUAAAUAUUGUACACAGCGCUUUAAAUUGUCUUUAACGAAUUUAGUUGUUAAUGUUUCAAUUAGUAAGUCAUACCAGUAUGUAUUGUAUAAAAGUAAUUGUAAGAUUUAUGUAAUUAAAAAUAAAUAAAUAUAUUCUAAUGAAAUUUGAAAUAUUAAAGAAUUAUUCAGUUCAAUUGACGCUUUAAAUUAGAUUAUAUUUAUAUAAUACAUGUACAUAUACACACAUACACAUACCCACGUAACAUAUUCUAAGUAACCAUUUAAGUAACUAAGUUGUAAAUUUACCGUUUUUUCUUUUAUAUGUAAUGCGUAAAUAAACUUCGAGUGUUUGGUGAGUUUCCGCUUUAUUUUCUCGAACUAUUCGAGCAUUAAGUCAUUCACAUUGUAAAUCAUUCAUCAAUAUUAUUGUGCAUUCAAUCAUUCAUGCAGAUAAUUUGUAAAUUCAUACAAUAUGCAAUGUGCAUACACACACACAUAGAAAUGCAGCUAUGAAAUAAGCCUGUAUAUUCCUAAUUUGCAUUGAUCGAUGAUUAUAGUAUUAUUACUUAGCAUUAGGUUUUUAUAUGACCUUAAUAAAAUAAAAUAAAUUAAAAUCGAUUUUAAAUUAAGUAAUGAAAUACGCAUAUGUUUGUAAUUAGAGCGCUAAUGCAGAUAAUUAUGAUAUAAAGGUAAUGUGUUAGUACAUACUUACAUAUGUAUUUUUAUAGUAUUUUAAUAGCAAUUUAAGUGUUUACGUGCAACAAAAAAGCCAAUAGAUUUUCUAUGAUUUGCGUGAACACUGUGUAUAAAUAAAAACUUAUAGUUGAAAUAAUAAUUUAAAAACUGUGCAUAACAAUGUAAUGCGAUGACAUUUAUAUAAACACACCCACACACACAUACACACAUGUAUACAAAACACGUCUAAUUCUAAAAAUACUCAUGUAUAUUGAGCUACACACUCACAUAAGUACACAAUACACACAUACAUACAUACAUGUAUACAUACGUAACAAAUGAGUUUACAGCUAAGCAAAAAUUGUAAGAAAAGGUGAAUUAAUAAAAUUGAGAAAUUAAAAAUCA